CAUGUUAAAAGGGGAAUGUUAACUAAUGUAGGUUAUUGCUAUUUGUGAUUUGUUUAUGGGUUCUUGGCUUUGACAGCUUCAAAGAAUGGACAGAUGACAAGUUAAAGAAAUUUUGUAUAUAUUGUCAAGGAAUGGGUCUUAUAUCCAAGAGUGAAGUCCCUUCCUUGGGGUGAAAAAUGUAUCCUUAAAUGCAUUCUGAUUGUUAGAGUUACCUAACCAAAACAGACGCAAGAUUUUGUUUCUGCAGACUACUUGGCAAUCAAAAGUGAUCAUAAAUUUAAUCAGUUUUCAGAAAGUUGCAUUGUGAGAAAAUUGUAUUGAAUAUAUUCUUUAUAUGGAAGAUUUUUGGCCAUUGCAACUGAAUCAGAUGUUAGAGAUGAAGGAGAGAUUGAGCACAAAAAGAGUGGUUGCACACUUAUGAUGGCAGUUGUUGCAUCAUGAGAAAUUUACCAAUUACUCCAAGUUUGAUUUAACAAAAUAUAAAUAUUUUCCUUGUGAUAAAAUAUGAAGAACAGAAAUGGAUUGAUGGGGUGAUCUGGGGUAUUCACUUGUAUAUAAGAUAUUUGAAAAGACUUAUUUAAUAUCAGGGUGAACAUCAUGCUAGUUGGGCAAAAUUGUCAAAUUCAGGACAGCUUUUUUGAUUAAGUAAAAAAUCACCAGAAACAGCAGAAGGUCACCUUGUUUUAUUACAAAGUAAGUAUGACAUGUAGUCUAUUUUAAGGGGAGAAAUGAAAAAGCAGAAGGAAUUUGUGCAUUUAGGGGAGGGAGAUAGAGUAAAUGAUUGCUCAGGUUCCUAAAACUUCAAGAAUACCCACAUGACCAUUUUCUCCCCAGUGAUGUAUAUAAAAUUUUUAUCUGAGCAUAGGAAUUAAGUGGUGGGUAUAAAAUGAAUGAACUUAAGUAAAUAACAUACAAUGAACAGACUUCUGGGGAUGAUGUAUAGUACUAAUUACUCAGUAAUCAUACCACUCAAUAGGGCAUGCCACUACUUUUUCAGAUGCUAAUUAUAAACCAAUGUUAAAAGAUGUUUUUAACUGUGGGCAAAUUAGUAGGUAGACAUUUUGGUCUGUCACUUUUUAAAGUACUUAAGUUCUAUUAGCACCACAGUCUGCCUUCAGUAAUACACCUAAAAUAUUUUUCACGACCAGCAGCAUUUAGUUUGGAAAAACAAAUCUUUUUUACAAAUGCAAAACAGUAUUAAAACUAUUGCUCUGGUCCAAGAUUAGGUUUUUAAUGAUAUUAACAGUAGUCUGAUAAACAUUUAGAAGUCUGGCAUGAGAAACAAAAGCUUGUACCUGAUUAGUAUUUUUAUUUAAAAAAUAAUAGUUCUGUUAGCUUAUUUAAAUUCUCUUACAUUUAUUUAUCCAUAGAAUUUAUAUUUAUUUCAUUCCUUUUAUCUCCCUGAAAACUGUCUGCAGGCUCUUUGAUUUGGAUUAGAUGUGUGAAGUACUGUCUUUUGCCAAAAACCUCAAAUUACUUGUUCUUUUCAACGUAGUGGGUUUGUGCUUGUUUGGAGAUCAGUUCAAAAACUAUCUGUACUAUCUGUACUGCCUCUGAUGUUAAGAUUUUAUGUAUAGCAUAAGGAAGCUAGCUCUGACUAUAUUUUCCUAAGAAUAAAGACCUAUUUUUGUAGCAUGUC